UGCCAUCUUGCGAGAAUAUGCUAUGGGAUGGUGAGUUGAAUUGUUCACAAGUCGUGUGCCCUUUAGUCAAUACUCUAUAUUGAUUAUAUCAGUAGUAAAACGUGAUGUUUUCGAGGAAAAAGGACGAUGGGCGUGAUGCCAAGGGAAAAGCAAAACAGCUUGGUUUGUUAGAUGUUCCUGACCCUGAUGCAUUCAUGAAUAUGAAUAUGUACGGAGAUGAUGAUGACGAUGAUGAUCUUGAAGCUGAACUUGCAGCAUUGCAAUCUGGUGAAACUAUACCAGAAGCAAAACCAACGAAAAAACCAUUACCAAUGGCUGAGAUUGAGAGAAUGGCUGCAGAGAGUAUGAAAGACACAGAUGAGUAUGUUGAUGAUGAGGAUCUAGAAGAAGAUGCUGAGUUAUUAGCAGAGUUGCAAGAAUUGGCAGGUGAUGAGGAGGAGGAAGAAGAGAUGGUUAAACCUGUACCAUCACCAAAACCACAGGUAAAUAGUAAAAUACUCAUCACAACCUCUAUU